CCUCUUGCUACAGCUGGUUCUGCUAGUAAACAACAAACUACCCACGAAUUCGCUAUAACACAAAGUUGUAUUUAUUUCAAAACAAAACACAAACAGACCCUAUAAACAAACACUGAGAGAGAACUCACAACAUAUGUAAUUAUCGUAAACAUCAUAGUUACACACAAAGAUCAAGAGAGGUAAACCCAAGUUGAAAUUGAUUUGCGGCGACAUGAGUGACGACGAGGAGCCGCAGUUGUCGGCCUCUACCUUUGCCGCCCUGCAGGAGUUCUACAACGAGGAGAAGGAGCGGCAGGACAAGCUGCAGAGGAUCCUUGAGAGCACCAGAGACGCUCAGGAGCUGCCGCAGUUUCAGGAAGACUGGCAAUUGAGCCAGUUUUGGUACGAUGACGAAACUGCAGACAGACUCGCCCAAGAAGUCCUCACUGCUGCAGGUCCUGAGGGGAAAAUUGCCCUUGUUUCGUGCCCCACCCUGUUCACUAGGAUCAGGAAAGCCAACCCAAAUGUCACCCUGUUUGAGUAUGAUGAGAGAUUCGCAGCAUACGGCACAAAUUUCUGCUUUUUCGACUACAAAAGCCCGUUGAAAAUCCCUAUCGAGAUGGCCAGCGCCUUCGACCUUGUGGUGGCUGACCCCCCUUUCCUCUCAGAGGAAUGCCUCACGAAAACAGCAGUCACCAUCAGAUACCUGGCCAAGGAAAAGAUUCUCCUCUGCACAGGGGCAGUGAUGUCCGAGCUUGCACAACGACUGCUUCAACUGAGGGUGCUUGAUUUCAUACCGGGUCAUAAAAACAAUUUGGGCAACGAAUUCAGGUGUUUUGCAAACUUUCAGUGUGGAUUGUGACGUAAUUAAAACUUUUAUCUAAUUUUAUAUAAAA